UUCCAGUGCUUGUUCAUUUAAUAGUUCCAGUGCUUGUUCAUUUAAUGAUCCAGGUGGUUGUUUAUAUAUUGAUCUAGGUGGUUGUUCAUGCAAUUGUUCUGGUGGUUGUUUACAUAAUUAUUUAUGCAAUGAUUGUUGCAAUGGUCCUGGUGAUGAUUGUUGA